UACCCAAAGAAGUAUUAAGUUGGGAUAUCCAUGCUAGAGAAAGGUUUGUGAAGAACUCCAAGCUAGGAAGCGUACAAAUGUUUCGCGCCAGAGGCAUGAUAGUUGGAUGUGCAGGUGCCGGAAAAACAACUCUUUUACGAAAACUUCACGGAAGAGGUAUAACAGAUGAAGAUGAACCAACUGAGACAACUAUCGGCCUUGAGGUUCAUGAAGAUUUGUUUGCUAUUAAGGAAAACAAGUUAACAGAUUUUGCGAAUGCUGACAACAGUAGAAAUCCAUACCUUGACAACAACGUAAUAAGCAUGACAGACUUUGCAGGACAAGUGGCGUACUACGCAUGUCACCAGGUUUACCUGUCAAGAAGAGCAUUUUAUAUCGUAGUUAUUGACAUGUCCAAAAAGCUUGAUGAAGAAUGUCGAUUGUAUGACACAGAUCGUCAUGAUCCAACAGGAUCCUUAUUUCAUUCAUGGACUUACGGAGAAUACUUCCAUUUUUGGCUGCAAACUGUAAAUACAUAUUGCAAUGAUGGAACAACACAGGAGAAUCCUAAAGACACAACAGCAAUCAAAAACUCCACGACGAAUUUCAAUAUUCCCCCGAUAAUUCUUAUUGCCUCCCAUAAAGAUCAGAUGGUCAGAACUUGUAACCCAUCAGAAACAUUUUACAGCCAAUUGGAAGCGUGUUUAUCUAAAGAACAAACCUUAAAACGGCUUAUAUCACCAUACCGAUAUUUUGAAGUAGAAUGUCCACCUGGAGCAUUGACUCAAAAACAACAAAUGACAAUUGACUGUGUUAAGAAAUGUAUUGUAGAAACUGUAAAAAAUCUACAACAUUGGGGGGAAGAAGUUCCUUUGAAAUGGUUUGAACUUGAAAAAAUUCUGAAUAAUGAAAAAGCAAAUGGGAAAAAAGUCAUAUGGAGGCCACAAUUCAGAGAAACAGCAAAAUACCUUUCAAUAGAUGAAGAUGACCUCAAUGAUGUUCUUCGUUUCUUACAUGAAAUAGGAAAAAUCUUAUACUUUUCUGUGGAUAAACUCAAGGAUACAAUUAUCAUAGAUGUUCAGUGGUUUGUUGAUGCAUUCAAGUACAUUAUAACUGACGAAAAGCAUUUUGCUCGGAAAGACAACAUAAACGCACUAGUUAAUACUGGGAAAAUUACUGGACAGUACAUUGAAGAGAUAUGGAAAAAUAUACAAGGCAGUCGUGGUGUACCUUGUGCUGAUACAAAAGUUAGUGUCGAGACUGAUAAAGGUCAUGAUUCCUUGUGGCAAUCUUACUUAAAUCACAAAAAUGAAAUUUUACAAUACAUGGACAAACUUGGCCUAAUUACGAGAAUUGGAAGACAUGUAAGCACUUACAAUAAGGAGGAAAUGUAUUAUAUUCCGAGCAUGAACCGAACCGACCUUUCUGAUGACAGUAAAAAUGAAAUCAAAGGAAAACAAAAGUCAGCAAUGAUGCUGUACUUUUUCAAGUCUUAUUUACCCCAUUUUUUCUUCUUUCGAUUGGUUGUAAAGUGUUUAAAAAAAUGGAAAGUUUGUGAUAAAAAUUCCUUUUUUAAAAAUGUUGCACUUUACAAGGCAGAAGAUGCCGGCCAUUAUUUUGCUAUCGCCGUCAGCAAAACAUCCAUCCAGUUGCAGGUUUUUACACGUGAUGAAACCGUGAAACUUGAUGAAAAAUGCGUCAAGAAAAUCAGACAAACAGUGGAAGCCUUUAUAAAGGAAAUAACAGAAACUUUUCACAGGGGAAUUAUCUAUGAUGUGGGUUUUUCAUGUAGCGACAUAAAAAUUACAGAUGAAGAUGAAGAAUUCUUUUUUAAAGAGACAGAUAUUAAAGGUGGAAUUGAACAUUCGAAGGAAAUAUCUUGUCCAAAACAUUUUCUUGGUAAUAACAAACACAAAAUCGAUACAAGUAGAAUACAUAUGUGUUUGUUGGAGAGAAAGUCCACUUAAUUUUCAAGAGACAAUUAAAAACGCAUCUUUCAGAGCUAUACUAAUUAUAUCGUAUUUUGAAAUAGAUUUAUUAUUUUUUGUACAUAAAACUUUAUUAACCAAGGGACAAACAGUCAAUUAUACCUGAAUUGCGUAUAUUCUCAAUGUAGAUUUCUCUUGUUAAAUAUGUAUGCGAUGAGCAUUAUCCCAUAUUUAGAUUUUUUUUUCUUUUGUUGUACAAUGUACGCUGUUAUUCAUUUUCAUUUUAUUACUAAUUAAGCAUAUUUUGACAUGAUUUGACAUGGUAACCGUACCACACAGAAAGAUCUUCUUACCUGGUUUAUGUUUAUGGCAUUAGAUGAUCGUAUCAGAACGAGUUCUGAAAUAGUUUGAUGACUACCAUGUUGGGUUUCAUUCCAUCUCAGAGAGUUGCUCUUGAGUCAUAUAGCGUAUUAUGUUGUAAUGUUGUCAUCUCUGAAUUGUUAGUUUUUUUUUUAUUAUCUAAAACUAACAUAUGCAUUUUUCAAGAGUUCAUUAACAUCAAUUUCUGUAAAUAGGUCAGAAUAAAUGUCUGUGUUUUUUUUUCUAAAUA